AUGCCCCGCUCCGCGUCGGCGUCCAGCUUGUCUUCACUUGCGUCCGCACCACCACCCUCAUCUCGACCUACCGGUAGUGGUUCGCGCACCCCACUGCGGCUUCGUCACUAUGAGGGCAGGUUCUCCAACCGACGAGGACAGACGCUGUUUUACUUCUCACUCUUCCCGCCUGAGAAGAUGGCCAUGCGCGGAGUCGUGGUGUGUCUGCACGGUAUCGGCGAUCACUGCCGCCGCAACGUUGCGCUGUACGAGCGGUUGUGCAGAGAAGGCUUCGGUGUGAUAACGUACGACCUGCUCAACCACGGCGUGAGCGACCUGGACCAGCACAAGACGCGCGCGCACAUCAGCAGCUUCAGCCACCUCGUGGAGGACACGAAUGACUUCAUCAAAUUCGCCAAACGCUCGAUCUACCCGGACGCGACCCGGAGCUGGAGGAAGCACAAUGGACUGCCGGAGCCGCCGCUGAUCAUCGCCGGCACUUCGUUCGGCUCUUUGGUCGGGAUCCAUACGGUGCUGUCGGGCAAACACAAGUUCCGCGCUGCUGUCUGGGGCUCGCCCACCAUUGGUGUCACGUGGAACCCGCUGCUCUGGGCCGAGUCCAAGCUGGCCAAGCCGCUGGCGGCCAUCAUCCCGACGGCGAAGGUGGUGCCUGCCGUGCAGCACGAGCUGCUGUGCCGCGACCCGAACUUCUUGAGGCGGUUUGAGGCAGACCCGCUCACCUCCAUGGACAUGAUGACGACGCGCACCGGACACGAGUCACUCCAGGCCAUGAUCCAGCUCCAGGAGGACGCGCGCGUGACAGACCCCAACAGCGCCUUCUGCGCCGUCCCGACGCUCUUCCUGGCGGGCUCAGCCGACGGCAUCUCCGAUCAGCAGGCUGCCAUCAAAUUCUUCGCCACGAUGGGGAACUUCGACAAGGAGUUCAAGCUGUUCGACGGGCUGUUUCACCUGGUCUACGAGGAGCCUGAGAAGGAGAACGUCUUCAGGUACCUCGCGCAGUGGCUGCACCGGAGGUUUCCUCAGUAG